CGCAGCAAGAUGGCGGCGGGCUCGCGGGUGUUCCCCUUCCGCGACGCGCGCUGGGCCCCGGACCCGGUGCUGGAGCCGAGCGCGGCCGUGCGGUCGCCGCAGCCGGUGCCGCUGGUGAUCGAUAACGGCUCCUUUCAGACGCGGGCGGGUUGGGCCUCCCCCGACCCCGCAGUCCCCGCCGAACCUCUGCUGCGGUUCCGCUCGCUGGCGGCGAAGAGCCGCGGGGCCCGCGGCGGGGCCGGCGCCGAGACGCAGGUGGGCAACGACCUGGGCAGCCCCGAGCCGCUGCGCUGGCUGCUCCGCUCGCCCUUCGACCGCAACGUGCCCGUCCAGCUGGAGCUGCAGGAGCUGCUCCUCGACCACGUGUUCCAGCGGCUCGGCGUCGCCUCGCAGGGUUGUGUUGAUCAUCCAAUUGUGUUGACGGAAGCAGUGUGCAACCCUCUGUAUUCGAGGCAAAUGAUGUCAGAGCUCCUCUUUGAAUGUUAUCAGGUGCCAAAAGUGUCCUAUGGUGUAGAUAGCUUGUACAGUUUUUACCACAACAGGAGGCAGAACUGGCCCUGCAGUGGUUUGGUGAUAUCUUCAGGUUAUCAAUGCACACACAUUUUGCCAGUCUUAGAAGGCAGGUUGGAUGCUAAAAACUGCAAACGUAUUAAUCUUGGAGGGUGUCAAGCAGCAGUUUAUCUCCAACGCCUCCUUCAGCUGAAAUACCCAGGACAUUUUGCUGCCAUCACUCUCAGUCGCAUGGAGGAAAUUCUGCAUGAGCAUAGCUACGUUGCAGAGGACUACAUAGAAGAGCUACAGAAGUGGAGGUCCCCAGAAUAUUAUGAGAACAACAUGCACAAGAUGCAGCUGCCUUUCUCUAACAAACUGCUGGGGAGCACUCUGACAUCAGAGGAGAAGCAGGAGAGGCGGCAGCAGCAGUUACGUCGACUUCAAGAACUCAAUGCACGUCGUCGAGAAGAGAAGCUGCAGCUUGACCAAGAGAGACUGGACAGGCUACUGUACAUACAGGAACUUUUAGAAGAUGGUCAGAUGGAUCAGUUCCACAAAGCUUUGGUGGAGCUGAACAUGGACUCUGCAGAAGAACUUCAGUCUUACAUCAACAAAUUGAGUCUAUCUGUUGAACAAACAAAGCAGAAAAUCCUACAGGCAGAAGUCAAUAUUGAAGUAGAUGUUGUGGACAGCAAGCCAGAGACUCCUGAUUUGGAUCCAUUAGGCAGUGAACAGUCACUGGAGGAUGUGGAAAGUAUAAAUGAGUUUGAACCUUUAUUUGCUGAGGAGCAGCCUGAAGUUGAGAAGCCUGUUGCUGCAGUGCAGCCCGUGUUUAACCUGGCAGAGUACCACCAGCUUUUCCUUGGAACUGAAAGAAUCAGGGCUCCAGAGAUUGUCUUCCAGCCCUCCCUGAUAGGAGAAGACCAGGCUGGUAUAGCAGAAACCAUGCAAUAUGUCCUUGAGAGGUAUCCAAAGGAACAACAAGCAAUUCUUGUACAGAAUGUUUUUCUCACUGGUGGAAAUAUGAUGUACCCUGGACUGAAAGCCAGAGUCCAGAAGGAACUCCUUGAAAUGAGGCCAUUCCAGUCAUCUUUUCAGGUUCACCUCGCUUCCAGUCCUGUUUUGGAUGCCUGGUAUGGGGCUAGGGAUUGGGCAGUGGAAUACAUGGCCCGUGAGGAAGGCUGGAUAACCAGAAAAGACUAUGAAGAAAAAGGGGGAGAAUACCUCAAGGAACACUGUGCUUCAAAUGUCUAUGUCCCCAUUCGCCUUCCAAAGCAGCCCCCACGGGCUGCAGAGGCAUCAGCACCCGGCAGAGCGCUCACGGGCAAUUCCUCUGAGCAGGCCUAGCACCAGCCUUGUCACAGGCCCUGGAGGGAGAGGUCAUCAUGCAGAGGGGAGCAAUCCCUUUGUGCAGUGUGAGCUGUGGGGCUGUGCAGGCCUUGGCCUGGCCUUGCAGGUUGCUUGGAGAGCACGAAGCAGCUCAUGAAGUCGCACAGCAGUCCCGGCUCGAGCACCGCAGCGUGUGUCAGUGAGGAGGAACACAGCACAAGUGCAUUCCAGAGGAAAGCACUGUCUUAUAAACUUCCAUUGUAAGACUCAGGGGUUUUGAGAGUGGAUGUUUCACAGCUGUUUUGUAAAUUAUUUAAUUAAAAUGUACUGGUUUUAUGCUGCUUUUCCCAGGUGAUGCAGAGGCUGGGCUGGGACUGAGUCAGCCCUGUGGGACCCCCUCACCGGGCACAGUGAGUGUCGGUCAGGGCUUGUCAGGGCACAUCUGAGGGGCCAGGCUGUGUCUCUUUGUUUACACACUUACUACUAAAGCACUGCCAGGUAAGGGAUGGCAUUUCAGGUGCAUUUAGACUUUAUGUCAGUGAUACUGAAACAGGAGAGCUGUCAACAUAAAGCUCUGUCUGGGGAUAAAGACAGAACCCUCCCUGAAGUGCAGCCCGGCACUGCCAUAUCCCGGCAGUCCUUGAGUGGUUUACAAGAGUGGUGGCUGAGCACAGCAGCUCUUGACUGUUAGGACUUUUCAUAUCAAAAGUUGUUUUAGCAAUAAAGCAAACUUUUUGCU